AUGAGUUCUUCACCCACUUCUGACGACCGAUCGCAGCCGUCAUCCCGGGGUGACUCGUCCGCCGUAUGGCACCCCGCAAGAGAAUGGCUUGAAGAGGACGAAGAGGAUGAGGACUUUGAACCAGAAUCUGAACUAUCAUCGGAUGAGAGAGAUGAUUUAAAUGACGAAGAACCUGAAGACAGAGGACCGAAUACCUUUAACUUGUAUAUCGACCCUGAUCAUUUCGAGCUCCAGAUGGACUCCCCGAAUGACCGAGAAGGUGGGGAUGGCCGAACAGGACGGCAGAGUCGGGUCUCUGCCGCUCGACUGCUUAAUCUACUGGCUUCUAGUGGUCUAAGACAAAUCCUCCAUUAUAAUAGCUGGCCCAAUGACGACGACGGUGAUGAUAACGAUGAGUACUACAGGGGAUUUUUCAGGUAUCGAAGACAACCAGAGCGAGGGGUAACUAGUCAGUUUCCGAAGGUUCCAAGUGACGAAGGAAUAAAAUUGAUGAGAUCUGGCGAUUUCGGGAGCAAUACACAUUUUGCCGACGAGUUGAUGAAACGCAGAAGAGCGCUGGCUAUGAAAAUGAUGUGGCGAGAAUUGGGUAUUGACGUAUCAGGAGGCCCGAAGAGAGAGGUGCAGUCUAUAUCUCAGGGUUUAAUACCUGGGUCAGACGCUGACAAGAUUAUCCAUUUCGACUCACGAUGUUACUCGGGACAAUUUUCCGACGAUGGAAACUUCUUUUUUUGCUGCGCACAGGAUUUCAAGGUCAGGAUGUAUGACACAUCCAACCCUUUUGAAUGGAAGUACUACAAGACAGUAGACUACCCUUUCGGCCAGUGGACCAUCACCGACGCAAGCUUAAGCCCAGACAAUAGGUUCUUGGCUUAUACUUCAAUUCGAAACCUCGUUUGCCUCGCGCCCACGGACCCAGUCGACACGUCUGAUCCAGCCAUAUUGGAUUUGUCUAUACUUCCAGGUGGAAGAGCCGGUCGGCGAGGUCUCUAUGGUAGCUCACAUUUUGGAAUCUGGUCUAUUCGAUUUUCUGGCGAUGGCCGUGAAAUAGUAGCCGGCACGUCUGAUCAUUCUGUGAUUGUCUACGACCUCGAGACGAGACAAUCCGUUCUGCGUUUACAAAACCACGAAGAUGAUGUAAACGCGGUCUGCUUCGGAGACAAAUCUUCGCCUCACAUUCUCUAUUCAGGUUCCGAUGACACCACACUACGGGUCUGGGAUAGGCGCUCAAUGGGUGACGGGCGCGAGGCUGGGGUUUUUAUGGGCCAUACAGAAGGAUUGACUUACGUUGACAGUAAGGGUGAUGGGCGAUACGUUAUUUCUAACGGCAAAGACCAGACGAUGAAACUGUGGGACCUGAGAAAACUGAUGACUACGGCCAAGUUCGACACUCUCGAUAUCGGCCGGUACACCAGUGGCUUCGACUACCGGUUCGAAUCUUAUCCGUCCAACUACUACGAACCGCACCCGCACGACUGCUCGGUUGUUACAUUCCGAGGACAUCGGGUGCUCAAGACUUUGAUACGGUGUCAUUUCUCACCUCCAGGAAGCACCAACUCGAGAUAUGUGUACACAGGGAGCGAAGACGGAAAAGUAUAUGUAUACAAUUUGGACGCGACAUUAGCCGGAACGAUCGAUGCAGGGCAUGCGACGGUGGACACGCGACCACAAGACCCUGAUAUAUUUACCACUGCGUAUGAGGUCAGGAGCAGGAGCGGCGAAAUGAUGUGGCGAACUUGUGUUCGAGAUGCAAGCUGGCACCCUAAUGCUCCCGUGCUUGCUGCAACAUCUUGGAAUGGCUGGGGCCUGUCAACCGGUACCUGCACCCUGCAUACGUGGAACGACUCUGCGGCUGAGGAUGAAGGCGAUCCACCGGUCGGAAGGAGCUACGAUUGCAAGUUGAAUCCGGUGCCUGAGUUUAAUCAAUUCAAGGAUACCAUCAGCCGAAUAAGAAGCCGACCGGUGGAGAGAGCACCGAUGAACGAUGAAUUUGAACUAUGGUGA